AUGGCAACGGCUGCUACAGUUGGCAGAAAGGAGCGGGACCUAACGAGCUAGCAGGGUGCAACGGUCGGAGCGGGAGCGGGGGUCGGGUUCGGCACACCGGAACCGGGCCGAGUAGGAAGUAAUGGCCUGCAUCCAAUGUCACCUUGUUCCUUAGCUCUUGAAAAUAUACCUCUGUAAGGUCACCCCUCAGCUUCAGUUUCUCCUGAGAAAACAAGCCCAACCUAUCCAAUUUCUCUCCAACCCAGGCAACAUUCUGUAGGUAGAAAUGGAAGAAAGUGAGACCAUUGAUUUUCAGGCUAUGGAACAGGAGUUGCAGAUGGCUGUGGCCAUUGAUGAAAAAAACCAGCGAGAAAAUAAUGCCAAGCUUAAAGCAGUUCAGCAGAAAGUGGAAACAUAUGAAGAAUUUAGGGAUAUUGUGCAAGCUUCGCAUUUGAAGCCUUUGGAAUUGCAAGACAAGUUGGGAGCAAGGAAUCAACCCUGGAAUACGUAUGCUACGAAGGAAAAGAGCAGUGUUGAGGUGGAGUUAUCCAAGGUCCUGCUACAGCCUGCUGAUACAUCCAUGACUGAGUACGAGAACUUGGAUGAUCACCAUUCAGAAGGAACUGACAACGUGGAGCCAGCUUCAAAACCACAGCUUCCUCAAGUGAAUGGACAAGCCUGGGGGAGACUGCUGAAAGUCUUUGACUUGUCCUUGGCUGCAAUCUUCAUUUUGGUCACCGAAUUCUUUGAAAAGCUUGCUUACUUUGGUCUGAGAGCUAUCCUGGUGCUGUACUUCACUGAUGCGCUGCUGUUGACCGACAGUAAAGCCACAUCUUUCUACCAUGUUUUCAUCUUCUUCUCCGUAUCCUUCACCAUCUUGGGAGCAUUCCUUUCGGACUUCUGCUUUGGUCGAUACAGGUGUAUUCUGAUCGCCACCAUAUUGUUCCUGUUUGGUAGCAUUAUUUUGUCAACUACUGCCAUUUCAGUACUAAAUGGAAAGUCAGGUGUGGGUUCCUAUAUUGGAUUCUUCCUCAUCACCUUGGGAUCUGGCUGCAACCGAUCCAACAUGUCACCUUUUGGUGCUGAUCAGAUUGGUGCAAAAGAGGAGAAACGAUACCGGAUGUACUUCUCAUUUUAUUACUUUUCGAUGAAUUUGGCAUCUUUAAUCUCUGGUAUUGCCAUACCGAUUCUGAGAGAGGAUGUCCAUUGUUUCAAUGCAGACUGCUACCCCCUUGCAUUUGGAGUUUCUGCGAUAGCUCUAUUAGUGGCUUUAGUGGUUUUUGGACUGGGCACUUUCAGUUACAAGAUCUACCCACCAACUGGAAACAUGUUCUGUAAAGUGGCCUCUGCCUCAAGAAGUGCUCUCAAAAACAAGAUCAAAUGGUUGAUGAAUAAGAGGAAGGAGAAAGCUAAAGACCAUUGGUUGGACUGGGCUGACCCAAGCUAUGAGAAAAAGAUAAUCAGCGAUGCAAAGCGCCUGUACAACUUGUUGGCGUUAUUCCUCUUGCUGCCAAUGUACUGGGCCCUCUAUGAGCAGCAGGGCUCACGGUGGACCCUUCAGGCCCAGGAGAUGAAUCGCAAUGUGGGUUCGCUUGAACUGAAACCUGACCAAUUACAGACCCUGAACGUAUUCUUUGUGCUGUUGCUGUUGCCAUUGUUUGAAGGAGUCAUCUAUCCUCUGUUUGAGAAGAUAAACUUACAAUUUCACCCAGUUGCAAGGAUGUCCAUUGGUCUGUUUGGAGCUGUUGUUGCAUUCUUGAUCGCUGGGAUUGUCCAGUUGCAAAUUCAGAAGUGGCAGGUUCUACCUCAGCCAGACGGUGUGACAAAUCUGAAAAUUUAUAAUGGAGCGUUUUGUAAACUUAACAUUGAUUUUUUGGAAAAUCAUUUUGUGAUGGAUCAACACAUGCUAUCUGCCCACUAUCCUGUGCCCAUCGAUCCUUACCCACUGCACAUCGCUCCUAUGCACUGCUUAGUGCCUCCGUUGUCAGAAAGCAUCAACUUCACAAUGGGCCUAGGGGCCAGAAGUACCCUCUUCAUCAUGCAAGAUCUCAAAACUAGGGAAUUAACUGUUGAACAGAUUCCUGACAACAAUAUGAAGAUUUUGGAUAACUUAGCACUUGUUCGGAUCUUGCUCCUGCUGGGAACAGCAUCAAUGAGCCACAACAGAACUGUGAGAUUGAUGUGCAAACCAGAUACUGUUGAAGAUUUAGCUGUAAUGCCAUCUGUCGUAUCAAACUACACAUUUGUGCAACUAGGCAGGUGCUCUUUAGGGCUGUCACAGGAGGCUGGGCUCAGCUUUUUGCCUGUCGGGGGAGAGGUGGCGCUGAGGGAAGGUGGAGUUUAUACAAUUGUUCUCCAUCAAGCAAACAACACAGCGAAUGUCACCAUGCAGUUGCUCAUUGACAGAUGGCCAAAGAUGGUCUCGGUGAUGUGGCAGAUUCCUCAGUACCUGGUACUCGCAAUAUCUGAGAUACUGUUUGUGGUGCCUGGUCUGCACUUGGCUUAUACUCAGGCACCGUCCUCCAUGAGAUCCGUGACGACAGCAGCCUGGUUUGCUAUCCAAGGUGUGGGAAAUCUCAUCGUUGUGAUAAUUGCAGAGAGUACAAUAAUAAAGAACCAGGCAGUGGAGUUCUUCAUGUUUGCCGCACUCAUGGGAUUGAUUUCACUCAUCUUCUUUGCCACGUCAAGAUUUUAUAAAUAUCAACCGAUUGACACCGAAGGCACAGACAAAGCGAGUGAAUCUGAUGGACUGAAUUCGGACUUAAAACCACCUUCACUUUACUCAGACAAAGAGGAAAACAGAUAGCUCCUCACGAAACCAAGGAGCUACACUAAUGGAAGUCUACACAGUUUGUGUGUGUGUGUCUGUGCGAGUGUGUGUGUGUCUGUGCGAGUGUGUGUCUGUGCGAGUGUGUGUCUGUGCGAGUGUGUGUGUGUCUGUGCGAGUGUGUGUGUGUCUGUGCGAGUGUGUGUUUGUGCGAGUGUGUGUCUGUGCGAGUGUGUGUGUCUGUGCGAGUGUGUGAGAGUCUGUGCGAGUGUGUGUGAGUAGGACUCCAUGAUAUUUGUUAAUCUUAAGCAAUAUUUUCACUGACCUCAACUAAGUGUUCACUUUGAUUGAAACUUGAUGUUGAACAUAAUGUUUGCCGUCUGGAUCUGGUACAGCAGAUGUAAACUCUGAUGAGAUCCAGUGACUGUACAACCACAGCAGAAAUCUGCAAUCGUCAAGUUCUAACUUUUGUUUUGGCUUGAUAUGAGCAAUAAACUCAAUGUGU